CGCUCCAAUCGCCAAACUGCCAAUCCAGAAAGCCAACUUCACGUGAAUCCCGAAAGACUGCAUACAUCACUGCGCCGAUGGAGUUUAAAGAGUUUGGAGGAGAGUACGAGGGAGACAUCGAGGAUCUGGACAGCGUGAAAGCACUAACAGAAAAGUUGAAGUUGCAGACUCGCAGACCGUCCUAUCUGGAGUGGCAAGAGAGAGUUGAGAGUCGACCGUGGAAGGAACGUUACCCUGCAGACAGCCUGGACUCGGGAGGACAAGUCGUCUCCAUGCCUGCAAUUCUGAGAAAUGAAAACUCAGAUCUGGUUGUGCGCAAUAUAUGUGGCUUUGAUACCAUUGAUGAUGCCUUGGAGUUUCUGAGAAAAGAGCUGAGGGAGAUGCAGGUUCAGGACAACCGUCUGGCCCGCCAGCUGAUCCGUCUGCGUGUGGAGAUCCACAGGCUGAAAGUGGAGCAGGUGUGUGGCCGUCAUAAGGAGAUGCUGGACGAUGCCACAUACGAGUUGGAGGAGUGUGGCGAGGAGUCGGACCUGCUAUGUGACAUCCCCAUGAAGGCUGCGUUCGCCCUGUCCACCCCGCUCAAACACCUGGGCCUCACCAAGAUGAACAUCAACUCCAGACGUUUCUCACUCUGUUAAAAACCCUUUAUUCAUGUUUCUGAGGAUGUUCCAUUGGCCUCCUCUGUGUUGUGUUGGAUAGAUUUUAGACUUAUUUCCUCAUCAGGAGCUGUUGAUAGAGUGGAGAGUGCCUGCCAGCUAUUGGUGCCCUGGGUAGAAAUGAAAAUGAAUAUGCACCUUGGCUUGUCAUGCAUGAGGAAGCCUCUGAGUGCAGACCUGUAAGGGCACACACCCUUAAUGCAGACACACCUUCCUGCUGGACAGAGCCCGGGCUGCUCUACUGUUGACUGUUCUUUGCUACAUUUCAUGAUAAUCACAGUUGAUAGAUGAACUCUUAGAGGUAGACUGAAAUGUACAGGAAGGAAUGGGAAUUAUAUCUUACGCCCAGUGAUUUGGUAUUGUAAAAAAAAGUUUCACUUGUGCCAAAGAAGUGCAAAACAGUUACAGGGAGAGUAAUGACUUGCUAAAAAAUUGCCAUAGAAGAAACUCACUUUAGAAAAGAAGCUUGAUGGUCACAGUACAGGAGGGAGCUUUUUUAGACAGGUCAGAUAACUUUACACCAGUGGUUCUCAACCUAAGGUUCAGAGCCCAGACGAAGGGUCACAAGCUAAAUCAGAAGGAACCACAACAAACAGAUUUCCUCUUGUCUUUACCUCUUGUUUUCUUCUUUUUUUAA